GGAUAAUACUGCGGAGCCGCCCUGGCUGCAGUCCCGCCCCGGAGCCGGCAGGGAGCGGAGCUGCGGAGCUGCCCGUUCUCCUGCAUCCAUCCGUCUGUUCCUGUGUCUUUCUGUCCAUCUGAACGCGCUGCGGGAGCAGCACGAGAUUGAAGCCGGCCUUGUGCCAGGGACAGACAAAGCCAUGUCCCAGCUGCUGCCCUCCUAGCCUUUCUGGACAGUGCCACUCUGUUCCCAGCAUGGUGUGGACAUCAUGAUGUCAUCUUCUAACCUUACUUGGAGCCAGGGCUGGCACUGACAGGACAUUUCCUCUCUGGGCUCUUCCUCAGGAUCUAGGGUCCAGGGUGGCAUGGCAGCAAGCACAGAUGUAGCUGGGCUGCAGGAGAGCUUCCGCAAGUUUGCCAUCCAUGGUGACCCUAAGGCAAGCGGGCAAGAGAUGAACGGCAAGAACUGGGCCAAGCUGUGCAAGGACUGCAAGGUGGCUGAUGGAAAGGCCGUGACAGGGACGGACGUUGACAUCGUCUUCUCCAAAGUCAAGGGGAAGUCAGCCCGGGUCAUCAACUAUGAGGAGUUCAAGAAGGCCCUGGAAGAGCUGGCCACCAAGCGGUUCAAGGGAAAGAGCAAGGAGGAGGCCUUCGAUGCUAUCUGCCAACUGGUGGCAGGCAAGGAACCAGCUAACUUGGGCGUCACUAAAGCAAAAACAGGGGGUGCUGUGGAACGGCUGACUGACACCAGCAAGUACACCGGCUCCCACAAAGAGCGCUUCGAUGAGAGCGGCAAGGGCAAGGGCAUUGCCGGACGGCAGGACAUUCUGGACGACAGUGGCUACGUGAGUGCCUACAAGAAUGCGGGCACCUAUGAUGCCAAGGUGAAGAAGUGAGGCCUGAGAUGGCCCCAGUGCAGCUCCCUUUUCCAGGGGCUCAGACCCGGGGCUGUGGUCCGUGGAGUAAGAGAGCCUGGUUCCCUCCCUGCUGGACCUGCCACCCAGAGCUUCCCGCCCAGCCCCACAGGGCCAGCCCACCAGGCCUUUAACCUAGACUUUCUGCAUCCCCUUCCUCCUCUUGCCUCCUGACUUCUGUCUGGGGACAGUCUGUGCCUCUAACCUCACCUCCCCAGCCUGACCCAGGCAUGGCUGAUCCUGCCUGCUUGCCUCGUAUUUAAGCUGCUGCUCUGGCCAAGUGCCUAAUUCGUACCCAGACCUCAAUAAAGACACCUUUUGUA